AUGGAUUUGCAAGGUUGGGAUCCCGGAGAUCAAUGGUUACUACGGGGCAAUUGGAAGGUUUUAAGGUACAAUCAGAAGGCAGAUCUACAUCCCUAUGACGUUUUCUUUGGUGGAUGGAAGCUAAAAGGGGUCGACUCUCGAACGAAUCUUUGGAGUUUAGGAAAGUUUCAUCCGAUAAGGCGAGGAGAAUCAAAGGGAUCUUCAAUAUCGUUCCGGUUAAGGGAGUUCCCUUCACGCAUCCUCCAAUCACGAGAUCUCGCUCUCAUUAAAGCGAGAUCGCAAGUUCUAAGUGGUUCAAGGUUUAAGGGGCGUCGAAUGGAUAUUAUAGGAUCGGCUUUACAAGGGAAAUGGCGACACAUGAGGCGAUCUUGGCUUUUCAGGAUCUCACGACGUUGGGAUUCUGGGGCGGGAGGCACGGUUUGGUGGGGUCUAGUGGAUUGGCAAAGAGUGUAUCAGGGGAAUGAAAAGGAAUUGCUUUUGUUUCUGCAAGAGAACAAAAGGGAACUGCUUUUGUUUUGUUUUUUGGCUCAUCGGGAUUUUGAAUUUGUUCAGAAAUUUCAAUCUCACUUUGGAUACGAUAGUCUGGUUACGGUGGAUCCGAAUGGGAGGAGUGGUGGUUUAGCUCUUUUUUAUAACAAUGAGUAUCAAGUAAAGAUUCUUUACUCUAGCAAUAGAAUGAUUGAUAUUGAAGCAGUGAGCAAUGGAAAACAAGUUUUCCUUACCUUUGUUUAUGGAGAUCCGGUUCAAGAGCUAAGAGAACAUGUAUGGGAAAGAUUGACUAGGUAUGGACUCGCAAGGUCUGAUCCUUGGUUUAUAAUUGGUGAUCUAAAUGAAAUUACCGGGAAUCAUGAAAAGGAUGGGGGACCUUUACGAAGUGCAACCUCUUUUAUUCCUUUUAAUAAUAUGAUAAGGAACAGUGGUUUAUUGGAAUUCCCAGCUCGUGGUAACAAAAUGUCAUGGCAAGGACGGAGAGGUAAAGGGAAAGGAGCUUUUACAGUCAGAUGCCGACUGGAUAGAGCCUUGGCUAAUGAGGAAUGGCAUACACUUUUCCCAUACUCUUAUACAGAAUAUUUGAGGCUGGUGGGCUCAGAUCAUCGACCUGUGGUAGCUUUUUUAGAAGAUAAAUUAACAAGAAGGAGAAGAGGACAGUUCAGGUUUGAUAAGCGAUGGAUUGGCCAAGAGGGACUCAUGGAAUCAAUUGUAUCGGGUUGGACAGAAAAUCAGGAUGGAUCAUCAGCAGAUUUUAUUACUAAGAUUAAUAAUUGUCGGCAUGAAAUAUCUUCAUGGCGAAAAAACAACCAACCAUAUGGAAAAGACAAAAUUCAGGAUCUCCAAAAGGCACUGGAAGAAGUACAAACAGAUGACAAUAGAACACAAGAGGAUAUUAUUGACAUUUCCAAGAAAUUACAAGAGGCCUAUAAGGAUGAGGAGGAAUACUGGCAUCAGAAGAGUAGGAAUAUGUGGCAUUCAUCUGGGGAUCUUAAUACUAAGUUUUAUCAUGCUUUGACAAAGCAACGUCGGAUCCGAAAUAAAAUAGUGGGUCUCUAUGAUGAGGCGGGUAAUUGGGUUACAGAAGAAAAUGGUGUGGAAAAGGUGGUGGUAGAUUAUUUUGAUGGUUUGUUUAGUUCAACUAACCCGGGGGAGUUUGAUAGUUUUUUGGAGGAGAUAGGACCAUCAAUUUCCCCACAGAUGAAUCUUAUGCUACUGCGAGUAGCAACGGAGGAAGAAGUCCGUCAAGCUUUAUUCAUGAUGCAUCCAGAGAAGGCGCCAGGCCCAGAUGGAAUGACGGCUCUCUUCUUUCAGCACUCCUGGAAUGUCAUUAAAAAGGAUGUGGUUGAGUUGGCAAACAAAGAAGAGUGUCAGACUAUUCUUAGGAUACUAAAGGAGUAUGAGACUGUAUCAGGACAACAAAUCAACUUUCAGAAAUCCUCAAUUCAAUUUGGACAUAAAAUUGAGGAAUCCAAUAGGCAAGAGUUGAGAGAUAUUUUGGGGAUUCAGAACCUAGGAGGUAUGGGUUCUUAUUUAGGUUUGCCAGAAAGUUUAGGGGGAUCUAAGGUUCAAGUGUUUGGUUUUGUACAAGAUCGUCUGAAUAAUAGGGUGAAUGGCUGGACUCUUCGAUUUUUUACAAAAGGGGGAAAAGAGGUGAUUAUUAAGUCGGUUAUCACGGCUCUGCCAAAUCAUGUGAUGUCGGUGUAUCGACUACCGAAAGCUAUAGUGAAGAAGUUAACGAGUGCAGUAGCUCAGUUUUGGUGGAGCCCAGGAGGAAGUACAAGGGGUAUGCAUUGGAAAUCAUGGGAUAAAUUAUGUGCCCAUAAGGAUCAUGGUGGGCUAGGUUUCAAGGAUUUGACGGAUUUUAAUACAGCAAUGUUGGGAAAGCAGCUGUGGAGGCUGAUUGAGAAGCCAAAUUCUCUUUUCUCGCGAAUCUUCAAAGGACGGGUCAUCUAUCUCAGUAUGGAAUGA